UUGAUGCCCACUGACCUGCCUCCACUGGAAUUCUCAGUGCAGUUUGCAGUCCAGGUACUGCCUGAGAAAAAUGACUCUAGCCUGGAGAUAUUUACUGAGGACCUUGAACCUGGAGACCUCCUCUCUUAGGACCCCCAGGACACAUUCCUUGCUGAACUGUGCCUCCUGGACUCCCACAUUUAAAUGCAGUUUUCAUACAAAACCUAACAUGCCACCAUGUGACUUCUCACCCGAAAAAUACCAGUCCCUGGCCUACAACCAUGUCCUGGAGAUCAAAAAGCAGCAUCUUUCUCCUGUGGCAACGGCAUAUUUCCAGAAGCCCUUGCUGCUUCAUCAAGGCCACAUGGAGUGGCUCUUUGACUCAGAGGGAAACAGAUACCUGGAUUUCUUCUCUGGGAUUGUCACUAUCAGUGUUGGUCACUGUCACCCAACAGUAAAUGCAGCGGCCCAAAAGCAGCUUGGCCGCCUGUGGCACACCAGUUCUGUCUUUCUCCACCCUCCAAUGUGUGAAUAUGCAGAAAAACUCGCAGCACUUCUUCCCGAGCCUCUUAAGGUCAUUUUUUUGGUGAACAGUGGCUCAGAAGCCAAUGAUUUGGCCAUGAUGAUGGCCAGAGCACACACAAAUAAUUCAGACAUCAUUUCUUUCAGAGGAGCCUACCAUGGCUGUAGUCCUUACACACUGGGCUUGACAAACGUAGGACUCUACAAGACGGCCCUCCCCAGUGGCAUGAGUUGCCAGUCCACAAUGUGCCCAGAUGUUUUCCGUGGCCCCUGGGGCGGAAGUCACUGUCGAGAUUCUCCUGUGCAAACAAUUAGGAAAUGCAGCUGUGCACCAGACUUCUGCCAAGCUAAAGAACUGUAUAUUGAUCAGUUCAGAGACACUUUGAACACUUCUGUAGCCAAGUCAAUUGCUGGAUUUUUUGCAGAGCCAAUUCAAGGGGUGAAUGGUGUCAUCCAGUACCCAAAGGGCUUUCUAAAGGACGCCUUUGAGCUGGUGAGAGAGAAGGGAGGUGUGUGUGUUGCAGAUGAAGUGCAGACAGGAUUUGGAAGGUUAGGAUCUCACUUCUGGGGUUUCCAAAGCCAUGGCGUGCUGCCGGACAUUGUCACCAUGGCUAAAGGGAUUGGGAACGGCUUUCCCAUGGCGGCGGUGGUGACUACUCCAGAGAUUGCCAAAUCUUUGGCUAAACGACUGCUUCACUUCAACACCUUUGGAGGGAAUCCCAUGGCCUGCGCUAUUGGAUCUGCUGUGCUUGAGGUGAUCAAAGAAGAAAAUCUGCAAGAAAACUGUCAAGAAGUUGGCACCUACAUGUUACUGAAGUUGGCUGAGCUGAGGGAUGAGUUUGACAUCAUGGGAGACGUCCGAGGAAAAGGUCUCAUGAUCGGAAUAGAGAUGGUGCAAGGCAAGAUGAGCCGGCAGCCUCUUCCUGGUGAUGAAGUUAGUCAAAUCCAUGAGGACUGUAAAGAUAUGGGGCUUCUUUUGGGCAGAGGUGGCAUAUAUUCUCAGAGUUUCCGAAUUGUGCCCCCAAUGUGUGUCACUAAGAGAGAAGUGGAUUUUGCAGUGGAAGUAUUUCGUUGUGCCUUAAUCCAACACAUGGAGAGAAGAGCCAAGAGGGAAAAAAUAUAAAUAUGAAACCCCAAGCUACAAGAGCUUCUCACUUACAAGCAAGAUUGAAUUGGAGGAAUUUCAAAACCACUGGUACGAAGGGAAACCUUAAAGCUCUCUUAAGUCAUUGUAAGACAUGGUUUGACUGUUUCUGGGCCUGAUUUGUUAAGAGAGCUUUGUGAUCUCAAAAAGUCCAUCCUUCUGGAAAACUGUCUCCAUCCUGAUCUCCCAACAGCAGUCCUAACUCAUCCAUAUUAGCCUACCAUAAUGUGAUUCCCUUUGAAUGAAGUAGUUUCUGCAUGAAUAUGUAGUAUUUGGCCCACAAGCCUUAAGGAAAAUCUUUUGGUGGAGGCACUUUUGGGGAAAGGUUUCUUCCCCUUCACUCUUCAGCUCCAGGAAAAACAGCAUGUCCUUUCCCAGGAAACAUCUCAUGAUGUGCUGAGAUUCUUGGGACCUAUCAGCCAUCAUGGUGGGACCAUGAGAAUACAGCCUACUUGCUGAGGUUGGGAAGUGGAAUGCUGAGUGGUCGGGAAUGCCAAUGAACUACUCUCACCAUCGUGGAGCCGCUCUAUCUCUCAGCCUCCUGAAUUGUGACAUAAUAAAUUCACUGUUUUGCAGAAACCUUUCUAAGUUCUCCAUGCAGCAGUCCACAGCAUCCUGAGAAAUGAAGUAGUAAAUGCCUUAAGAAGAUAAUUGCUUCCCACCUUCAACUCUCUUAAAUGGCUUUGAGAGCC